UGUCGUAUCCGGGAAUCAGUUGUUGACAAAGCGCUGUCUCAGUGAUUACUUGCUGCUGUUGUAUGAACUGAUCACAGUAAAACUGGAAAUGGAAAGUUCCGCAUGGCAUCUCUCCCUGAAACUCAGUGACAAACCCAAAUCAGUCUUCCAGUUUCCAGAGAGUGAACCAGGAGAUGUCCAUCCAGGCAGAUACUUGGUAUCAACACUCAAACAGCUGAUCUCAGCACAGUUUCCAGACUCACUGCCUGACCCUGAGCUCAUAGACUUUGUGCAUUGUGGCUAUGUGCUCAAAGAUGAUCUCACGUUAGACUCCUAUGGGAUUAAGUGUGGGUCAACAUUGCAUAUUAUUAAGAAAACAUGGCCAGAACCUGAGGUCAAGCCUGAGCCGGUGAACAGGUCUGCAGCUGCCAGAGAAUUCAGGAUGCUUCAGGCAGCUUUGCACUCCAAUGCAGCAUACAGAGAUGCGGUGUUCAAGAUGCUGGGUAAUAAAGAAUCUUUGGACCAGAUUAUUGUGGCCUCUCCAGGACUCAGUUCAGACCCUGUUGCUUUAGGUGUGCUCCAGGAUAAAGACCUGUUUGUACAGUUUACAGACCCAAACUUGCUAGACAUGUUGAUCAGAUCUCACCCAGCAUUGGUCAACGCUAUCAUCUUGGUCUUACACUCCGUGACGAGAAGCAUGUCCAACCAAUCAAGUGCCAGCACAUCCCGCAACGCGACAGCCAGUUCUUACAGUGACAUGCCAGGAGGUUUUCUGUUUGAGGGCAUGUCUGAUGAUGAGGAAGAUUUUCAGCCUGGAAACAGAGCUGGCUCAUCAAGACACCAGAGACCAUUUGCAAGGUCCAGACCGAUGACACUGGGACACAGUGGAGCCACAGGACCACGUCCCAUCACCCAGAGUGAGCUAGCAUCUGCUCUAGCUUUAGCCAGCACACCUGAAGGCAGUGGAGUCACACCCACACUGGGUGGUCAGGAAAUGUCCUCUGCUGGGCCAUCAGUGCCAUCAGGUGUUCCUGUCACAAGCAGUCUGCUUAGUCAGGCACUGCAGCAAGCUCUACAGGCCUCUGGUGUGAGCUCACUACAGGGACGUUGGCAGUCUCAAAUGCAGCAGUUGAGGGAUAUGGGGAUCCAGGAUGAGGAACUUGCACUGCGCGCAUUAACAGCUACGAACGGAGAUCUCCAGGCAGCUCUCGAGCUCAUCUUUGCUGGGGGAGGUGUUGUCUAAAGUUUUAACUUGGCCUUGAACUGCUGUAGACUGAGCAGGGCUAACAGUUUACUGUUAAUUAAACAGUUAAUAUUGCCUUAAAGGACUGUUUUUUUUUCUUUUUGCCUAAAUUUUGGAAUGAAUAAUUAAACCUCUUUCAGGUGUGUGAUUAAUGUCAAGAAUAUACAGUUGAAGUCAAAAGUUUACAUACACCUUAGCCAAAUACAUUUAAAUUCAGUUUUUCACAAUUCCUGACAUUUAAUCAUAGAAAACAUUCUCUGUCUUAGGUCAGUUAGGACAACUAUUUUAUUUUAAGAAUGUGAAAUGUCAGGAUAAUAGUAGAGAAUGAUUUAUUUCAGCUUUUAUUUCUUUCAUCAAAUUCCCAGUGGGUCAGAAGUUUACAUACACUUUGUUAGUAUUUGGUAGCAUUGCCUUUAAAUUGUUUAUCUUGGGUCAGACAUUUUGGGUAGCCUUCCACAAGCUUCUCACAAUAAGUUGCUGGAAUUUUGGCCCAUUCCUCCAGACAGAACUGGUGUAACUGAUUCAGGUUUGUAUACCUCCUUGUUCUGCCCACAAAUUUUCUAUCAGAUUGAAGUCAGGGCUUUGAGAUGGCCACUCCAAUACCUUGACUUUGUUGUCCUUAAGCCAUUUUGCUAUGACUUUGGAGGUACGCUUGGGGUCAUUGUCCAUUUGGAAGACCCAUCUGCCACCGAGCAUUAACCUCCCGGCUGAUGUCAUUUAAAAAAAUAAAUGUUUCUCCCUUUUCUCCCCAAUUUGGAAUGCCUAAUUCCCACUACUUAGUAGGUCCUCGUGGUGGCGGAGUUACUCACCUCAAUCUGGGUGGCGGAGGACAAGUCUCAGUUGCCUCCGAUUCUGAGAAUGUCAAUCUGCGCAUCUUAUCACGUGGCUCGCUGUGCAUGACACCGCGGAGACUCCGCACGUGGAGGCUCACGCUAUUCUCUGCGAUCCACGCACAACUUACCACACGCCCCACUGAGAGCAGGAACCCCUAAUCGCGACCACGAGCAGGUUACCCCAUGUGACUCUACCCUCCCUAGCAACCGGGCCAAUUUGGUUGCUUAGGAGACCUGGCUGGAGUCACUCGCGCACCCUGGAUUCGAACUCGCGACUCCAAGGGUGGUAGUCAGCAUCAAUACUCGCUGAGCUACCCAGGCCCCCCCUGGCUGAUGUCUUGAAAUGUUGCUUCAGUAUAGCCACAUAAUUUUCCUUCCUCAUGAUGCCAUCUAUUUUGUGAAGUGCACCAGUCCCUCCUGCAGCAAAGCACCCCCACAACAAGAUACUGCCACUCCCAUGCUUCAUGGUUGGGAUGGUGUUCUUCAGCUUGCAAGCCUCACCCUUUUUCCUUCAAACAUAACAAUGGUCAUUAUGGCCAAAAAGUUCCAUUGUUGUUUCAUCAGACUAGAGGAAAUUUCUCAAAAUGUAAGAUCUUUGUCCUCAUGUACACUUGCAAACUGUAGUCUGGCUUUUUUAUGGCGGUUUUGGAGCAUUGGCCUCUUCCUUGCUGAGCAGCCUUUCAGGUUAUGUCAAUAUAGGACGCAUUUUACUGUGGAUAUAGAUACUUGUUUACCUGUUUCCUCCACAAUCUUCACAAGGUCCUUUGCUGAGGUUCUGGGAUUGAGUUGCACUUUUCGCACCAAACUGCAUUCAUCUCUAGGAGACAGAAUGUGUCUCCUUCCAGAGCGGUAUGAUGGCUGCAUAGUCCUAUGGUGUUUAUACUUGCAUACUAUUAUUUGUACAGAUGAACGUGGUACCUUCAGGCAUUUGGAAAUUGCUCCCAAGGAUGAACCAGACUUGUGGAGGUCCACAUUUUUUAAAAUACAUCCACAGGUACACCUCCAGUUCAGUACACCUCCUAUCAGAAUCUAAUUGUCUAAAGUCUUGACAUCAUUUUCUGGAAUUUUCCAAGCUGCUUAAAGGCAGUUAUAUGUAAACUUCUGACCCACUGGAAUUGUGAUAUAGUCAAUUAAAAGUGAAACAAUCUGUCUGUAAACAAUUGUUGGAAAAAUUACUUGUCAAGCACAAAGUAGAUGUCCUAAACGACUUGCCAAAACUAUAGUUUGCUGAUAUUAAAUCUGUGGAGUGGUUAAAAAAUUAGUUUUAAUGACUUCAACCUAAGUGUAUGUAAACUUCUGACUUCAACUGAAGCACAAGGAUGAUUCAGUUUGGGGCAUUUAUGGUAAUGCCAGUAAAUGACCACUAGGUGGCAGUGUAUGACCAUUUAAGGGAUUGAGUCAGUAUUGGGCUUUACACUUAACCUAGGUGUGAAAAACAUUUGCAUACAAAAGAAUGCUGUAAUUAGAUUGCAUCAAUUGACUCAAACUACCCAAUACCAAUUCAGAUGUUGGUUAAAAAGAAUUUCAUUGCAAAAUAUCAAAUUGUUUUUUUGUUUUAGAUUCAGUCAUUCAUUUUUCUUGUGACAAUGCAUUACUAACUCCAGAAGUUCCACUUUUGAAGUUUUUUUGUUUGUUUGUUUAUUUGUUUUAAUUCCCCUUAAUCUCAGUGGUGAUAAAACUUUAUUACUAUAAUAAAUUUUUUUUGCAAUGGAUUUCAAAGUUUUUUUUUUUUGUUUGUUUGUUUUCUGCAUUACAUGGUGUUUCUUUACAUUACAGUAAUACAAAUUUAGGUGAAAAUAUGCUUUAUUUUUGUAUGCAAAAUUAAUUUAUUAUCUCUUUCUUUUGAUGUUGGAAUAAAACAUGUCCUGGACAUGUUCUUGGCA